GAAACAAAGCACAAGGUAGACCGUGACGGCCGUUGUUGUAUCCUGUCUCCCGACGUCGAACCUCUUCGUUGGGCAAUCACCAAAAGCCCAGGGUGAUACUCCCCCAAGUUCCACUCCUACGACGACUCGGGACGUUUGCACAAAUUGCAGUCACUUUGAUCUCUCCUGGCGCCGAUCAGGAUCCGUUGCAGAAGACCCGGAUUCAGAAGCGACGCCAUGAGCGCUACUACAUUGCAUAUCCAUUACCGAGGCCAAAAGAUCCGGACAAUGAAGGACGAUAAGCAGCCCGUCUCUGUGUUCCUCGACGCUUUCAUUAGCGAUGACCUGAAGACACUUGGGUUUCCUAUUCUUGAUGAUUGCAUCUGUAAGGGCCUGUCCGGAUUAGCGGUGUGCACGUGGAGGACCGAGCGGGACUUGGACCUGAAAGCACGUAUCUCCAUCGCCUUCGACGCAAUCGAUGCUGAUUUCUUACCCGAGCUUAGUAUUUCUAUGGUAGGCUUGAAGGCGGAGGGUAGAUGCCAAUAUAUCACUGCACCGGGCGUGAAGGGCCCGUCUAUGGCGACACAGAAAUUAACCGCUGCGACUACUCGGUCGGUACAUCCAGCUUCGACUGGCAGAAUCCAGAGUGCACCAAGAACCUACGCUCUAUCGAGGAUGGCCCCGUUGCCCAUCGGUCCACCCACCAGCGCGGCUUUCUCACGAAAAGCACGUUUCGACGAUACAUCGCAACGGUUCGAUAGCCCCCGCAACCCCUUAGCAAACGCACACUCUGGCUUGGCGACGCACACAACUCGGAUGGAAGGAGCCAGUCCGCAGCCCGUCGCGGAAGCAGGCCCGUCGACCAGAAUCAAAGUAGAGGAGAAGGAGAAGAGCGAUGGCAUGGCCCUUCGAGCACCGACCCCUCCUAAGCAAUCAUACGCAGCCACUACCCACGGCACCGAGCGCACCUCUCCGCAGACCCCCAUGUCCAGAGCGUCGUCUUCUCCGCGGGCACACCCUUCUAUCCUGUCGACCUGGAGCGCCGCAUCGAGCAUGAGCUCUGUGAUGCCCGGAGACAGCGUCGGCAACCUGACACGCGAGGUGUGGGACGUAAGACGGGAGCUCUCCGCCCUCGUCGCCCGGGAGGACCGCCUUGUACGGGACCUAGAACGGUUGGGAGCGCGUCCCGUGCCAGAGCCUUCAAUGGCCCCCAGGCCCGCGGACGCCCGCGCGGAAGUGCGCAAGACGAUGGACGACGAGGCCAGCGGCCUCCGCGCGCGACUGGGGGCCGAGUCGGAGGCGAGGAGGGCGGCGGAGUCCGCGCUUCAGCAAGAGCGGCGGCGGCGCGAGGCUGCGGAGUGGGCCGUGGCCGACGUUCGCCGAGAAUGCAGCGGGCCGUUCGUCGUACCGGCGCUCAUGGACGCGUUCGUGGAGAUAUCGCGCCUCAGCGGAGACGCUCUCGUCGCCGCAGAUUAUGGGGCGGGACCCUGAGGUGUCCGGUUGCAAGUAACAUCCUAUCUAUAUUUAAGUAUGUAUCCACGCGCACGGUUCGCUGUAUGGGAGUAUGCAU